AUGUGUUCUGUUCGUGGAGUUCCUGGUGGUUCAAAAAUGCAUACAAGUAAUUUGCUGAGCUCUGGAGCUCUAAAAGAUAUAAUGAGUUUCGUCAAGUUCUCCAAAGAAGUGCCAUUUUCCAAACCAAUUCCAUCAAAAAAUCCCGAAGUAACCACUGAUUCUGGCACAUCAACAUGUUGCUUAGAGGAAGCAAAACCAAAAGGGUUGCAUAUACCAAGUUGGCUCCUAGAUUUUCCUAAGGAAAGCUUAUAUAAAACGUCUGAAGGGGGUUUAGUAAAGGGGAGGAAAGUUAAGCAUACCUCAUGA